AUGUCUUUCGAUCUUCCCGUUCUCAAACCCGAUACAAUCGAAGAGGUUUUCUCUGAUAAGUGUCAGCGAAUCAACUUGGAUUAUUACAGCCUCUACCACUUUGAUGAACUGACGAUUGAUGACCGCAAGUACCAGUAUCGUCUCUCCUCCAACGGCGACUUUAUGACUGUGGUGGGUACCUUCAAUGGCCAGUCUGUCCUCAUGGUCUCAGUGUGGACGAAAAUGGACCAUCAAAAGCGACUGCGAGAGAUCCAUCAGUGCAUUUUGAAGAAGGAGAUGCAGGGCGACACUCUGCCAUAAGCUUAUGCGUAUCUUCUAAAUAAAAGUGCAUUUAACCUCUCUUACGGAGCGAAAUGUUUUCUUUGUGAGAAUGCGCAAAUUUUAUGACGCGCCUGUUGAGCUUAGUGAAGACACGGACCUUGUGUUCCCUAAUUUAUACGCAGAGAUUUUCGACAAGACGUUUGAUUUCUCUGGAAUUUGUAAGCCUGAACGUUUUUUGUAGUUUGGCGAUUUAAAGCCAUCAAAGACAGGCCGCAAGUCGGAGAACCGAGGUCUAAAUGAAUUCCGAUCGUUGAAGGGUAUGCUGGAGUCCAAAACGCCAAAUACGGACCCUCAUUAGCUUAUGCUCUCCGUUACCUGAUUGCCCUACGCCCUGCGACUAGCAGCAAGGACCCUAGUUUUGAUUUCUAUACAUCAUGCUGACGAUGUUCCCCCUAACAUUUCGUGCGAAAUAAGUGUGCGACUCCCACCAAUUGACAAAAGUUGAGGCGCCUUGCACUGAAUACCAUCUCUGUAUUGCUGAGAAGGGAAAAAUCGAAAACAGUGCGCAAGACUAAAGCAACUCGAGAGAUUUUGCUCGCGCCCUGGAGCAGUGGCUUUAAUAACAAAAUCAAACACUUGGUUUAACGCACAUUCGGUAGAAUGAGGGCGGUGGUGUUCGAGAAGAGUUUAGAAACCCAACCACUUGAUCUAGAGCAGCCAAGGUUGUUCUUGUUGCGAAAAAAUCAGUCUGGAUAGUAGUAGGAUGGACACGUUCUUUUUAAUUCGCAUUUUAGUGAGCAUAGAUCGGGGAUUAUCUUAGUCGAUAUUAAGAAUUCUCGUUAAUGACAAAACGUCAUGGUGGUGUGUAGUCACAGGGUCGUGUACUGUAGAUGAUGUUCAAAAUGAAUUCCAUUAGCAGACCGAUCUUAAAAAAGGACAUUUUCAAGUUGGCGAUGCGUCUUGUAUUGAUCUAUUGUAUCUUCUUAGCCGAAUUGCAUUUAUCUGUAGUAGGGACCUCGUAACUAGUCGAAAACCGUAUAUAUAAAAGUGAACACCAACUCGCAAGGGAACCGCAGCGGUAUAAGUCAAGUCAAGCUCGGUGUAAAUGCCCUUACUAUUGUCAUUCGGACCUUUUCAUGACGCAUAAUGCAACGUGGCGACCCACCCGAGCUGGGCCACGAGUUGGAUUUGUAUGAGCUGAUCCAGCGCUCACACUGCAACCCAUCCUAGAAUUUUGAUAUGGCCGCAGUCAGCGGAUGGACGUCUGUUUCGUUGGCAAAGUCCCAUGUAAGACUUCGUUCACAAUGUUUUGGUCAAUCUUCCCUUGCUUUAAUAUAUGCGGUUGGGUGUUUAGCAGUGGUGCAUCUUGUCAUCGCACUAUGGUAAUUAACUCGAUUCUCAAGCAGGCCUUGCGCAAUUUUAAUUGUCAAACUUUCGCACCGACCAUACUUUCUUGUUAAAACCAGGUUUUGAUUGUGUUCAGACUUCAUCAUAUCGGGUGAACGCUGUCUCUAAAACUCUAAAGCUCCCCCUAGACUUAAUACCCACCAUAUAACCCAACAUUGAUCCUAUGCCUAAUACCUUAACCUAACCCGGAAAAAAUCUGGGCAAUUUCCAGUGGGAUAUCGGCAAGUCUAUCUCACCCGAUCUCUACACGGUCUCCCGUCUCUUUUUCGGUAGCACUUUUCGAAGUAUUUCAAAAAUAUACGUCAACUUUCAAAGGUAUAAAUCUUGAAAUCUUUCCGGUCGAGGUGCUUAGCUAGCAGAGUUGGGACAACAUCGUAUUUAAAGAAAAUAUGGUUUCACAAGUCAUCGACGGUGCUUUUGAAUCUACUCGCGGUCUCACAAUCUACAUAAACAUUUACAAGGGUCGGGGAGCCGUCCGGUACGUUUUUCUAUGGUUGUGAAUUCCGGACUUUGAGCGUAAAAGACGAUUUUCGACAAACGCUGACUGAGAACGACCAGCUAGUGGAACACACCGCCUUCGUCUCGAAUUAGCCAAUCCGCAUUCACUGUGCUGUCGUUGAGAGACCAUAUCCAGCCGUCCGUGAAGGGUGGCCGAUGUGCUUCGAACAAGUUCAUCAUCCAUUAGACAAGUUCAGUGUUACCGCCAUAAAUCCAUUGUCGUUACUAUAUGAAUUCGACAAAAAGGUCAGCUCAAAACCUGGCUCUACUCGGUUGGUUCAUGUACUGAGGCGACUCCGGAGCCUGCAGCGUUUAGUCUUCAUCGCAUAGUUCUUCAGAUUAGCUGUCAGAAGUCGUUGCUCGUGGAGAGGCAUAAGAUGGGGCAUAACCGGAGUUGACGCGACCAGUUGUGAUCACGCCUCUAUCAAGUACAUCAGCGGAUUGACUUUGAUCCAUGAGUUCGGUGGCGCCACAGGGGGUAGUUAGAAUCCUCGUCGACUGCUGUAUCGUUCUAUCAUUAUUUGCCCCGCAUUUCGCUCUGCCUAUCACCGACCUCGCUACUCGUAAUCCGAGCUACAGUCCUGACAUCGGGUACUUCGAACCAGCUGAAUGAAUUUUUACACAUAAUCAACGAUGUGUCUGUGGUGGAUCAUUAAAGCGCGGCAACCUAAGCACAAGGCUGCGCUAACGUGUGUGUGCCACAGUAAGUCUAACGAACAUUAGUCAUACUGUUCGUUACAACUAUCCAUGCAAACAGGCAUAGUCUUUCUUCACCGAUGUGUCAUGUCUAGAGCAAACAGUCACGGACACGGGAUGUCUUUGGACUUACCUGA